CUGUCAACAUUUUGAAAAAAGCCAUGUAAAUAUUGAAAAUUUUACAAUUGUUUUCAAUACGUAAAAUUAAUAAAUUCCAUAACAGAAAUCAAAAGCUUUUACUUCAUAGACUAUAAUAAUUUCAUUUCCUUACCUUCGUUCUGUUUUUUUGCAUACAGUUACGCACUAAUUCAGCUUUUUUCGUAUACUUCGUGCAUACAGAUUGUUUUUAAAUCACCACUUAAGUCUGCUAAAAAUAGUUUUUGGUGUCCCCGUUCAAUAAUAAUGAACCGCCUACCAAUAACUGCUCCCAGCGGAGUUGCGGACAAUACUUUGGGACUAUCAUGGCACGACUCCCCCUGGAUCCCCAUAUUAAAUACUUCCAAUGUUAUCGAGUAUUUUUCUCAGGCUUCGAAUCCUUUUUAUGAUCGCACUUGUAACAAUGAAAUUGUCAAGAUGCAAAGGCUUAAUCCUGACCAACUACAGAAUAUGACAGGCUUGGAAUAUGUGCUAUUGCAUGUCCAAGAGCCUAUUCUUUAUGUUAUAAGAAAGCAACAUAGGCAUAGCCAACAGCAAGUGACUCCAUUGGCAGAUUAUUACAUUAUAGCCGGAAUUGUCUAUCAGGCACCAGAUUUGGCAAGUGUCCUCAAUUCUAGACUGUUAUCGGCAGUUCACCAUCUUCAAUCGUCCUUUGAGGAGGCCUCAAGCUUCUCUCGAUACCACCCGAGUAAAGGCUAUUAUUGGGACUUUAAGUCUCAAAAAGGUGCAGAAAAAAUUAAACCGGUUGAGAAAGAAAAGCCUAAAGAGGAGUCAAGUUCACUCUUCCAAAGGCAGAGAGUGGACAUGUUGCUUGGAGAACUUAUUAAAAAAUUUCCUCUUCCAUUGCCCCCACAACCCAAGACAGUCCCAGCUGUGACAAUUAAACAGGAAAGUGAAAAUGGGACUCAAGAAAAUAAAGAUAAGGUAGAGGUAAAGCAAGAAGUUAAAGGAGGUAACAGUGGCGGUAAUAGUGGCAAACCACCACCUGAGAAAAAGCCAAGACUGAAUUAAUUUAUGACGUCAUUUAAUUUAGAUAUAGUUAAAGUUAAUGUGUAUUAUUUUAGGUUAUUAGUUUGAUACAUGUGUCAAUUAUUUAUUUUUUGUUUGGUCAAUUGUAAUAAGAUCUAUUACAAUAGAUUCAAAUUUUUAUAAGAUUUUCUUGUUAAAAAUUUAUAGAAUAUAUAUAUGAGCCAAUAAAUUAUAAUCUGUGUAAAAUAAUUAUAAUUAUUUCUUUUAGUUAUUACUUAGUUAUCAUUCAUCAUUUAUUGUAUUCACAAAAGUCCUCUAGGUUUAGUGGUGGUAAGGUACUACACCUAUAAUAUUAUUUUAUAAUUACAAUAAAUUAUUAUUAGAUAUUAA